GGUGGCGUGGGGGCGGGAGGAGUAAGAUCUCGAAGCUUCGAAAAGAGCGGGCGACAUCCGGGCAUCUGGGGCCGUCGAGCCGAGGCGCGCCUUGGAGCGCGGCUUGUUAGGGCUCGCGGCCAUGCUGAAGUGCGGGAUGAGCGGCAGUCAGGUGAAAGUAUUUGGGAAAGCAAUCCAAGCUCUAUCACGAAUCAGUGACGAGCUGUGGCUAGACCCAUCUGAAAAAGGUCUUGCUUUAAGAUCUGUGAAUUCUUGUCGAUCAGCAUAUGGAUGUGUCCUCUUCUCUCCUGUGUUUUUUCAACAUUAUCAAUGGUCAACCUCAGUGAAAGUAAAUGAGAAUGAUUCGACAAUAUCAAAUUUAAAUUGCAAAUUGGGAAUGAAGUCAAUUCUGCCCAUCUUUAGAUGUCUGAAUUCCCUUGAAAGAAAUGUAGAGAAGUGCAAAAUAUUCACCAGUUCCGAUCUGUGCAAAGUCGUCAUUCAGUUCUUCUGCAGACAUGGUAUUAGAAGAACUCAUAAUGUGUGUUUUCAAGAAAGUCAGCCCUUGCAAGUUAUUUUUGAAAAGAAUAUGUGUUCUAAUACACUAAUUAUUCAACCAAGAGUGCUUGCUGAGGCAGUUGUUCUUUUUACAUCAAGUCAAGAAGAAGUUACUCUUGCUGUUACCCCACUCAGCGUUUGCCUUAAGAGUUCCAGUGAUGAACCAAUGGGUUUGACCAAUUCUGUGUACAGUGAAAUGUUUGUUGGCCCAGAUGAGUUUGACUUCUUUCAAAUUGGAGUUGAUACUGAAAUAACAUUCUGCUUCAAAGAAUUAAAGGGAAUGCUGACAUUUUCAGAGGCUACACAUGCUCCUAUAGCCAUUCAUUUUGAUUUUCCUGGGAAACCUAUGGCUUUAAGUAUCGAUGAUAUGUUACUGGAAGCUAACUUUAUUUUGGCUACAUUAGCUGAUGAGCCAAGUAGAGCAUCUUCUCCGCAAUCACUGUGUCUUUCACAAAAACAAAAAAGGUCCGAUCUGAUGUGUUCAACAAACAACAGUUCAAAGACUGGCAAAAAUGCAACCAGCAAGGCCCCAGGAUGUAUCUUGAGAAAAGCAGCACCCAAAAGGCUUUAUCCUAAUGAGACUCAAACAGACAUCCCUGCAUUGGAAAACUGUGGCAGCCCUAUAAUGAAAAGAGUGAAUGAAGACAUUAGUGAAGUGCCAGAAAGCAGUGUCAGCGACACGGAGGAGGCGCCAGGGUCUUCAUAUCUAAGGAAGUUUUCUUGCAUGUUCUUUGGAGCAGUUUCUUCUGAGCAGCGACAACACUUCAACCACCCUUUUGACAGUCUGGCAACAGCAAGUGACAGUGAAGAGGACAUGAAUAAUGGCAGUUCUUCCACAUUCUAA